UAAGGUGUUGGCGUCUCUACGAAUAUAAACAGACAAAGCUUUCGAAAGGUAGGGCGGUUUUUGUAGUGGGGAGCAAGAAAGUAAGAAAGGAGAUGCAAGGAAAGAAAAAAGUUCACACACUUUUGCCGUUGUCUCUCUCUUCCAUAUAACAAAUCCAGGCGGUUUUUGGCGCAGUGUGUAGCUGUACCUUCUUCUAACUCAUUGCAAUAGGCGGGCUGUUUAGCACAGUUACCUGAAACGCAAAGAUGAGCUAUUCCCAUUCCAAUAUGUGUUCUGGUAGCAGAACUGCCAAAAGAACACUUGAGUUCGGUAGGACACAUGUGGUGAGGCCCAAAGGAAAGCAUCAAGCCACAAUAGUCUGGCUACAUGGACUUGGGGAUAAUGGCUCAAGCGCUUCUCAACUCUUGGAAUCUCUUCCUCUUCCAAAUAUUAAGUGGAUCUGCCCAACUGCUCCUACCCGUCCUGUGGCUAUACUCGGUGGAUUUCCUUGCACUGCCUGGUUUGAAAUGGGAGAGCUUUCAGACGAUGGUCCAGAUGAUUGGGAGAGUUUAGAUGCUUCAGCAGCACAUAUUGCAAACUUGUUGUCAACUGAACCAGCUGAUGUUAAAGUCGGUAUUGGAGGCUUUAGUAUGGGUGCUGCGAUGGCCCUUUAUUCUGCAACUUGUUAUGCUGCAGGUAGGUAUGGAAAUGGCAACCCAUACCCUCUCAAUCUGAGGGCAGUUGUUGGACUAAGCGGUUGGCUUCCAGGAGCAAGGACCUUAUGGAACAAAAUUGAAGGGUCACAUGAGGCUGCAAGGCGUGCCGCAUCAUUACCCAUUUUGCAAUGUCAUGGAAAAAGUAUGUCUCUGCAUAACCUUUUGCCAAUAUGCAUUUGCAAAAAUUUGAAAGGUUUCUAAACCACUUGUCCCUUACAAAUCCUUACAUUCAAACCCCUUGAUGGGCUUGGUCAUUACACUAUCCCUAAAGAGAUGAAUGAAGUCUCCAGUUGGCUAUCUGCAAGGCUGGGGCUUGAGGGGUACCGCUCAUAAAUCUGACAGUGUCUAAUUGGAGAUAGUGAGGGAGUAGUAGCUAACAAUAAUGAGUGAGAAACGCCCCUGUACAAGUAGGUGCUAUACAAAAUGGGGCAUGGAGUAUAUGGUAUAGCUAAAUUGACCUUUCUAAUUCCCUUUCGUAUUCUGUCUUUUCUACAAAUAAAGUUUUGGGUGUGCUUUUAUGUUCCACUUGGAGGAUGUAGAGGUAGUGGUGAUUUAGUUUUGGAUGUAUUUUGUUUUGGCAUUCAUUUAUGUGAUUUUAUUAUUAAUAAUUAGUGGAGUUCUUCUCUCUCUCUCUCUCUCUCUCUCUCUCUCUCUCUCUCUCUCUCUCUCU